ACCAUAAUCAUCUGUCCCAUUACCCCACAUCUACCCCACCAUAUGCCAGAUUUUGCAGUCAUCAGGGAGUGUAUUUGAGCGGGUGGUCUAUCACUACUAUUCACAACAUAAUGUCUGCAGAUUUUUGGGCCGGCUACAUAAGCGGGGCCAUAGGCAUUCUCAUCGGCAACCCUCUCGACCUCAUAAAGACCCGUUUGCAAGCAGGCCAGCCGACGCCUGUAUCGCCGCCAUCAGGUCCAUCAGGACCUGUGUCAGGACAAGUCACAUGGCGGACGCAAUUCGACAGAGCAGGGACAUUAGUACGAGGAGCAUCAGCACCAAUCAUUGGCUACGGCGCCCUCAACGCGCUUCUAUUUGUGUCCUACAACCGCACACUAUCCGUCCUGACAUCGACACCAUACCCACCAGUAGCAGCACCGUCCGCGGAACCAGCCCAGCUACCAGCGCUAUGGAAGAUCUACACUGCCGGCUGCGUCGCCGGAUUCGCAACCUUCGUCGUCUCUGCGCCAACCGAGCUGAUCAAAUGCCGUGCCCAGGUGCUCUCCUCGCCCAACACAGGGGGCAACAGCACCGGCAUCUCAACAACGACUCCACCCAGCAGCUACGCCAUAACCCGCGCCAUCCUCCGCACACACGGAAUCCGCGGCCUCUACCACGGCGGUCAAAUCACCUCCCUCCGUGACGCUAUCGGAUACGGCUUCUACUUCCUGUCCUACGAGUACACCCGCUCUGCUCUAUCCUCGCCUACUACUGACACCCCCCGGAUGGAAGGCUUGAAAGUGCUGCUUUGCGGUGGGUUUGCUGGGAUAGUGACGUGGGCGAGCAUUUUCCCGUUGGAUGUGAUCAAGACGAGAGUGCAGACGCAGGUGAUGAUGGCGGGGGCGGCUACGGGUCCAGUGGAUGGCGGCGAGAGAGGGCCGCUGCUUGCUAGGGCGAAUCGAAGGAGGAUGUCGACGCUGGCGGUGGCCCGGCAUGCCUAUGAGACGGAAGGCGUGAGGGUGUUUUUCCGCGGUCUGGGAGUCUGUAGUGUUAGGGCUUUUGUUGUCAAUGCUGUGCAAUGGGCCAUGUAUGAAUGGGUCAUGAAGUUGAUGAAACAGGACUGAGACUGGACGGACCAGGAACAAGAAAUAGAGAAAACAACGAUAGAGCGGACACUCGCCAGUCCAUCGCACAUAUACAGUGGAAUAAUAGCACCUCCUGUACACAUCAGUUUCGCUGUCAAGUCAUACUUGACAGCCAAAGGUGAUCGCGCAACGUAUAACGAGCGUAAAGGGAUCAGACCAAAAAGAGUGGUAUCUGCACACGCAACGUAAUGCACACUGACUCACCUUGCAAAUACCUCACAUCACAUAACGGCCCCUACGCUCCUGUAGAAUAAAUCACCCGACCCGUGCCAUUUGGUCCACGCACCAGACGUCGUCCGUAUAUCCAUCAUUCCAUUUUCUCAAUCUGUCCCUAG